CGUCUCAGGAGUCACACAGUAAUGGCAGCGCACAGAUGGACAUUUUCACAACAUUGUCAUUAUGAUGUGGCGAAUUAACUAGCGAAGCGCGUUAGUUGACGUUGUACGUACAUUGUAGCCACAAGUUCCCUUCUCGCUUAACACUACGUUGGCGAGAGGUCUACGACGUGUAGACGUGUACGACGAGAGUCCUACGACGGGUAACAGUCGGAGAGCCUGGUCGGUUUACGUACAUUGUACUCCUACUCCUAGUCCUACAUACUCAGGAUGCUGUUAGCUAAGGCUAAUGCUAAGGAUGCCUAAGGAUGCUGCCUAGCCUAAGCCUAAGGCUGUCAGUCGAUAUCAGUCGUUCAACUAUUUCGUAGAUAUGGCUAAGUCAGGUUCGCCGGCAGGCCAGCAAGCCACAUAUGGAUAUAGGGAGUUUCUCUUCGGAGGCUUGGGGGCGUGUGCUGCAGGUUGCAUCACAAAUCCCCUCGAGGUCGUCAAGACCAGGUUUCAACUGCAAGGCGAGCUCAAGGCUCGAGGCCAUUAUGUGCGCACGUACCGCAACGUCUUCCACGCGUUCUACACAAUCGGUCGCGUGGACGGAUUACUGGCCCUGCAGAAGGGAUUAGUACCCGCACUCUGGUACCAGUUCUUCAUGAACGGUGUCCGACUCGGUGCGUUCCAGUCGAUCAAGAACCUAGGCUUCACCGCAGAUUCGCGCGGAAGCCAAUCGCUGUGGAAGAAUGUUGUUGCUGGUGCGAUGUCCGGCACAGUGGGAGCGAUCGUGGGAAGCCCAGUGUACAUGGUGAAGACGCACCUUCAGGCGCGUGCCCACGAGAAGAUAGCCGUGGGCUUCCAGCACAGACACACGGGCAUGCUGCAAGCGAUGCAGGGAAUCUACCGUGAGUACGGCGUGCGCGGGCUGUGGCGGGGCGUGAGCGGCGCCAUCCCGAGAGUCAUGGUCGGCUCGGCCGCACAACUCUCCACCUUCUCGAUGGCCCAUGAAUGGAUCGAAGGCUUAAAGGGCACAGAGCUGCAGUCGAUGCGGCGGCUGUCAAUGAGAGAGAAGUCGCUGCUCAAGAAGCGCAUCUCGGCCGAACACAACAGCAACUUCCGCACAGGGUACGUGCACAUCGACGAAGACUACCUCCACAAGACGGGCCUGCGCGGCCGCAAGCGAUACUGCCUCUACUGCCUGCUCGCGUUCAUGUUUGUCGUCGCGCUCGGAAAUCUGCUGGCAACCAUUGUGAUAAUCCUCGCGUGGAAGAUCGACUACCAUGGCAUGAAGGCACUGGAGUUCAUCCCACCAGGCGUGCUCCUGCGAUUCAAGCAGACGGCCGAUCUCGGCAUGAUCGUGGCUAGGCGAGGUAUCGGUGGCCUCGCCGACCAGGACUUUGAUCUCAGCGGAUACAACGAUAACCCCGUCAUCAUCGGCUCGAGGCGGCCAGGAUCGGAGCGGCGAGAUGCGAGUCUCGAGGUCGGGGUCAAUUCGACCGUCAUCUCGGCGAGCGACUCGGUGCGCUUCACGAACCCGGUGACGGGCGCGACGUUCUUCGACCCGACGUGGGAUGAGUUCACCGUGCCAGCGCACAUCAGAACGCUCGUCGCAGACGAGAUCGUGUUUGGAAAAGGCACAGAGCUGCAGUCGAUGCGGCGGCUGUCAAUGAGAGAGAAGUCGCUGCUCAAGAAGCGCAUCUCGGCCGAACACAACAGCAACUUCCGCACAGGGUACGUGCACAUCGACGAAGACUACCUCCACAAGACGGGCCUGCGCGGCCGCAAGCGAUACUGCCUCUACUGCCUGCUCGCGUUCAUGUUUGUCGUCGCGCUCGGAAAUCUGCUGAAAGCACAGGCACUACUGGUGUUUUAUGCUUUGACGGGCUGCGACACGGUCUCCUGCUUCGCCGGACAUGGCAAGAGGACAGCAUGGGCAGUGUGGACAGCUCUACCUCAGCUGACCCAGACACUCACUGACCUCUCCACUGCACCAGAUCAUAUUGAUGAAGAUGCCAUGCACACAAUCGAGAGGUUCGUCAUCCUGCUUUACGACAGAACAAGCACCGCAACCGAUAUCGACAAGGCACGCCGCAAACUGUUUGCAAAAAAGAGCAAUGUCCAGCUGAUCCCACCGAAAGGGCAGCCCUGA